GUUAAUAAUAAACUUGAAAAUAAUGAGCCCUUCCAUGGUGCCCCAGACACACACACUGCCACCUCGACACCCACCUCUCCUGCCUAAACACCAACCCAUUCAGCCUCAACAUCUACAUCAACAUCCCCCUCACCUCACCUCACCACCAUCCUCACUACUCAUCUCUCAAUCAAUAACCUGCCAGUCGUCCCCUCUCCACCCCACACACCCGCCCAACCAAUCCCCUCCCGCGGAUUACAGCACCACGCCAGUCUCCCGCAUCCCCAGUUCAUCAAGGUAGUCAGUCACUUCACUCCUCCACCCAUCAAGCUCCCCGCGCCGAACCGGCCGCUGCCUACCUACCUACCAACCAUGACGCUGCCCACGGCCGGGCUUACACGCAAUAACAAUGGCCCAAUCGAAAAGGCCCCUACGAGUCCUUCUUCUCUGGCAACAGCACCAGUAGCAGCAGCAAAUCCCAAUCCCUCACAUUCACACUCUGGGCCAUCACUUACACCAUCACUUACACACGACUCCUCCCCAUCCACCACGAUGCCGCCCAAACCCAAGGCCAUGCGCGCCGCCGUCCGCGACGCCCGCGCCAAAGCCGCCAAAGCACACGUCAACAUCACCAUCCCCGCGCUCCUCAAGGCCAAUCCGCGUGCCAAAGCAGGCGUCCUCGCCGCCGAGCGCAUCUCCUCACCCCCCUCCGUCUCGUCCUCAUCCUCCGUCCCGCCAGCCAUCAAAGUCCUCGUCACAGACACCCUCACAGCCGCCUCGCUCCUGUCCGCUGAGCCUUCCCCCGCGCGCAUCGCUAUCCUUAACAUGGCCUCGCCGCUCCGCCCUGGCGGCGGUCUACUCACCGGUGCAACAUCCCAAGAGGAAUUCCUCUGCGCACGCACCACGCUCUACCCGUCCCUCUCGGAGACACACUACCGCCUGCCAGACCUCGGGGGCAUCUACACGCCGGAUGUGCUUGUUGCUCGGGACGCCAGCACGCGCGCCGAAAUGCUCCCCGCACGGGACCGGUUCUAUGUAGAUGUUCUGAGCGCUGCAAUGCUCCGAUUACCGGAUGUAGACGAGUCGGAUGGCGAGACGACGUAUGCAGAAGAUAAAGACCGCGAGGCGGUGCGGAACAAGAUGCGCGCUGUGAUGCGCAUCUUGCGAAGCAAAGGCGUGGAUAGGGUCGUCUUGGGCGCUUGGGGGUGCGGCGCGUACGGGAAUCCCGUGGGAGAGGUCGCGAGAGCAUGGAAGACGGUUCUGUGCGGUGGUGGGAGAGCAGCGAGAAAGGCUGGCCGUGCGAGCGGCGGGAGUGAGGGCUGGGAAAGGCUGCAGGUUGUCUUUGCGAUUGCGGAUGUGAGAAUGGCGAGGGUGUUUGCUGAGACCUUGGGUGUUGAAAUGGAUGAGGAUGAUGAGGAUGAUGAGGAAGAAGAUGAUGAUGAUGAGGAUGUAGAGAGCGAGAGUGAGACGGAAGAGUCUGAUGAGUAUCCUUGAGCAGCGCCGGCUGGAUAAAGGGUUUCUUUGCUUGCAUAUAUCUACGGAGUUUUGGAAACAUCUUGUACUUGACACUGAGUUGGGACUUUAUAGAUAAUCUGGUUACCUGUAUGAAUCACUACUACUCAAUACAUGGAACAAUAUAUCAUUAUUCAUACCAUCCACGG